CCAGCCCUCCUUGACCGGGACUCUAUAGGCCGCAGAGUGGCGCGGCGAUAGAGUCCAGGCUGUGGGGACGUCCCUCGGCCGCUCGAGCGCAAAACCAGGAAGCCGAGGCAGCAACGUGGGAUUUGACCUCUACCUCAGAGCUGGAGCCUGAAUGCCUUCUAGACUUCCCUCGCUCACUUUCUGCAGCUGGACUCACCCUCAAGCCGGGACCAGAUAACUUGAUACCUCAGCUCUUGAGCCUGUGCCAGAAGCCUCAACACCCGAACUUUCUCCCCUAGGUGAAGUUUUACCUCCGAUUGCUCCUUAGGUGCCGAUCCAUCAAAAGCCAGACUCCGUUUUGGAUGCAUUUGGAUCCUGGGUGCAAACAGACCGCAAAAGAACUCUGCCCGCUUCUGAGCGGCUCAGCUGCCAUAGAUGGACAAAGUACUGUCUCUGUGCUGGACUUUAGGGGUGAGCCUAAUAUGAAAUAAUGUUUGGUCUUUCCACCUGAGAACUUCCCGUACUUGAACUAAUAGGAGACAGAAGUCGAAACCCCUGUCUCUUCUUCAACUUUGGUCCUCUGACUUAUUAUAAAGUACUUUUGUAAUCUGUAUUGGAAUAAGGUCCAAGGUUCUUUCUCCUCAGGGUUCAUGUGUCUUUCUAAACCUUGGACUAUUUCAUGUCACCUUCUGAAGUGAAGAUGAGGCUCCAAAGGGAGUCCUGAAGAUCUGCAUUUCCCCCCUUCCCCUCAGAAAUCCAAAAUAUACACUUAGAGGUUUGAAGCCUGUGAAACUACCUAUGACAUUUGUGGAACAAAUGUAGGAAAUUCAUUCCUCUUUCUGAACUUUCUAAAAAUCCAAAGCACUAUGCCUGCAUCUUGGACUUUACUUCCUGCCUUUGGGGAAGGAAGUUCAUUUCUGCUUCUUCUGCCGGAAAAGUUCUGUGCUCGAUCUGGGUGGUUCUGCAUGACCUGAGAGGUCUUGACACUGGAACUCUUGGGGAAGAAAAACCUAUCUGGGUACGCAGUCCUGAGGUUCUGCCAUGGGACCUCGUAGCCCGCCAGGAGGCCCUUAGGUUUCUCAACCCAGAGAGCAAGAAGCAAAGGAAGGCCCUUUCUGAUGUGAGCGAUGGCCGAGGGAGAUGCCGCCCUGGCCGGCGAACCGUCCGCCGGGCGGGAGGAGCGUCCGUACAAGUGCAAGCAGUGCCCCCGGAGCUACCGCCACGCCGGCAGCCUGGUGAACCACCGGCGCACCCACGAGGUGGGCCUCUUCCCCUGCCUGCUGUGCCGCAAGGACUUCUCCAACCCCAUGGCCCUCAAGAGCCACCUGCGCACCCACACGGAGGAGAAGCGUCACAAGUGCCGGGACUGCAGCCAGAGCUUCCGGACCUCAUCCCAGCUCAGCAGCCACCGCUGCAUGGCUCACGCCGCCCAAGACCAGGAGGAGGAAGAGGAGGAGGAGAAUAACAGCGGGGGCGGCAGCUCCCAAAGGGGCCAGGACACCUCUUCUUCUGACGCCGAUACCUACUCUGGAGCGGAAGGCGGCGGAAGCCUGCUGACCAAUCUGGAGAAGUACAUUGCGGAUUCGGUGGUACCGGCCAACUUUUCUCUCCUGGAGCUCUCCAUACGGAAGGGUGCAGGGAAAGAGGAGAUGCUCCGGACGCACCAGGGGGAGAAGGAGGCAGGGCUCCAGGGCGCCGCCGGAGACGAGCGGCGCUUUAAAUGCAACCAGUGCGACAAGGCGUACAAGCACGCCGGCAGCCUGACCAAUCACAAGCAGAGCCACACUCUGGGCGCGUACCAGUGCACCAUGUGCUACAAGGAAUUCUCCAACCUCAUGGCUCUCAAGAGCCACACGCGCCUCCAUUCCGAGUACCGGCCUUACAAGUGCCGGUUCUGCCACAAAGCCUUCCGGCUCCCUUCGGAGUUGCUGAGCCACCAGAUGGCCCACGACCGGGAAGAGAGCGAAGCUGCCGGCCGGCUCACCUGGGACGGCUCGGAGCACGGCAUCUGGGAAGAAGACUCCAUCGAGACCUCGGCCAAGCUGGAUAUUUAUCAGCCUCCCCCUGCAGGCGCCGACUUCGGAGACAGCGCCCCCUGUAGCCUCAAAGACGCCGCCAAGGCAGGAGGUGGGGAACGCUGCAACCCGGACGGGGAACUCUGCGUCCGCUGCGGCGGUGCCUUUGCUAACGAAAAGGAGCUGAAAGGGCACAGCUGCCUGUACCCGGAGGAGGCGAACGACGAGGAGGGUGGGGGCAGCACCCCCUCCCAACUGCCCCCUGGCUCCAACGGGAUCUGGGAAGCAAGUUUGAAAGGCGAGGAAGGCUACCCCUCGCUGGAGGAGCGGCCCUUCCGCUGCGAGGAUUGUGGCAGGACCUACCGACACGCCGGGAGCCUCAUCAACCACAAGAAGAGCCACCAGAUCGGGGUGUACAGCUGCAACAUCUGCGCCAAACAGCUCUACAACUUAGCUGCCUUGAAAAACCACUUGCGGGUCCACCUCAAAGCCAGGCUCGGGUUGCCUGUGCCGGAGGAGGCCUCCCAGCAUCCCUGCGGCAUCUCGGACUCGCAGCCAGGAGAAGACAGCCCCAGGGAGCCCGGGGAUUGCCCCGUCCAGCUGCCAGACGUCUGGGGAGGAGCUUCCUGCCUGAAAGAGGAAGAAGAAGGAGGCGGCAGCGGGGGGGAAGAGCGGCCUUACCGGUGCGAGGAUUGUGGGCGGAGUUACCGGCAUCGCGGUAGCCUCGUCAACCACCGCCACACCCACCAGACGGGGGUCUUCCAGUGUUCCAUCUGCCCCAAGCAGUACACCAAUCUCAUGGCGCUGCGGAACCACGUCCGGGUGCACCUGCGGGCGGCCCGGCUGAGCGGCAGGGAGCCAGUCGAUUGCCUGACCUGCACCAGCUGCGGCGAGAGCUUCGAGGAGGAGGCGGAGUUCCAGCUCCAUCAGCUGCGACACCUGCCCUGCAGCGAGGACAUAGAGGCGGCCGCCGUCCCCGGGCUUGCGGGGUUCCAUCCGCAGGAGGCUGAUCUCCUUCAGGCCAUCAGGCAGGACGUGGAAGCCCUGGAGAACGGGGCGGCAGUGGCCGAAGACGUCCUUCCUUCUUCCGCCACGCCCUACGUUUGUCACCAGUGCGGGACGGCUUUCUCCAGCGCAGCCGGCCUGCAGAACCACAGCCUACAGCACAGCGGUGACGGGGAGCGGCCCGACAGAGCAGCACAGCGGCCUGAGUCUCCCGCGCCCGUCCAGCGCCUCUACAGCUGCAACCUGUGCAGCAAGUCGUACCGCCACUCGGGAAGCCUCAUCAACCACAAGCAGACCCACCAGACGGGGGACUUCAGCUGCUCGGUGUGCGGCAAGCACUUCCAGAACGUCGCCUCGCUGAAGAGUCACCUGCGGGGGCAUCAGAGGCCGAGGAGGGGCCACUCUGGACCGGCGGUGACGGCCAACGAGGAUGAAGACGCCGAGGUAGAGAACAGACCUGCUUUGCCUGGGUUGCCGGCCCCGGGGGAUGAGUACAAAGACAGGUACGACUUUCCGGAAGACGAGGCCGUCGUGAACUGCUGGCAGCCGCAGUUGGACGUUCCGUCACCAUCACCGGGAAACGCAGACGUGCUCCCCUAUCUUUGCGAACAGUGUGGAGUGGCGUUCGACCAAGCCAGUGACUUGGAAGCCCACAAACACACUCACCAGUCCAGCAUCUACCAGUGUUCCCUCUGCCCCAAAGAAUACCCCAAUCUUUUAGCUCUGAAAAACCACUUCCACGGGCACGCCAAAGCCACGGCGUUGAGGCCCGGUGGAAAUGACAGCGCCGAGGAACAACCUUUCCUCUGCAGCCUGUGCGGCAUGAUCUUUCCGAGCGAGGAAGACCUCCAGCACCAUCACAGCUCGGUGCACGAAGAGGGUGAAAGGCAGGCGAAUGGUCAGGACGUGGAGUUGAAGACGGUUGCUGAGGCGCAGGCGGAAGAGGCCGGGGACCAAGGAGAGGAACAGCUGCUCUCCCACAUCUGCGGCUACUGCGGCCAGACGUUCGACGACAUGACCAGCUUGGAAGAACACAGCGAGGGGCAUCAGGAAGAGAAGGCCGCGGCCCUGGCGGAUACGUCUAUCCAGCUGCGACGGCCUCUGCGCUUGGAGGAGGACCAGCAGCGCCUGUCACCGGUGGAAAUUACUUUCGCUGCCCGCGAACCCUCGGAUGACCGGCCGUAUUCUGCGCGCCAGUGCGGGCAAGACUCUACCGUGUAUGGUGGCAGUUUCUCCUGGUCAACCACAAGAAGCAUCCUACCCAGGUGAUCACCCGGAGAUUACCAGGGUAGCGCGCAUCUGCUCCGCAGUACCUCCCCCAAAUCUCUGUCCAUGUACCGGAACCACCUCAGGAACCAUCCGAAAUGCAAGCUGAACGGCAGCACGCCAGACAUCCGGCAGCCGGUUUCCCUCGAAGAUGGACCCGACUCUGGUGCUCAAAAAGGCGAGCCCCCUGAUAGCAAAGCCUUGGUGCAUGAAGGGGGCUCAGAUCCACCAGGGACCUCCUCAAUUUUGUCUCCUGGGGGAGAGCAAAGUUCAGAACAAGAGGCAGCGUUGAACUCUAGCUGGUUUGAAGUGGAAAAGAUGUCUGACGUCUGCGAGGAAGGACGUGAUGAGAAAGCAGCCUGGGAGACCCAUCCAGGGCUCCCCUUUGCAGAAGAGGAGCAGGCAGAGAUGGAGACGGUGGUGGUGAAAGAGGAAGGAACGGCCCCCACAGGAGGUCGGGAAGAUGGGAGCCCUGGCACCGAAGAGGAGGGUUCUCCGUCCGAGCGCCCCUUCCGCUGUGAAGUCUGCGGGCGCAGCUACAAGCACGCCGGGAGCCUGAUCAACCACAAGCAGACGCACAAGACUGGCCUAUUCCACUGUGGCGUCUGCCAGAGGGAGUUCUACAACCUCAUGGCCCUCAAGAACCACAACCGCACCCACUUCGAGACCAAACGCUACCGGUGCCUGGAGUGCCCCAAAGCCUUCCGCCUGCAGAAGCAGCUGGCCAGCCACCAGCGGGUCCACCGGGACCGAAAACGGGACCCUUUGUGUCAGCCUUACAAGAGGCUUCCAAAUUGCCGGCGGGCCGACAAAAGCGACAAUUCGUCCCACCCUGGGAAUGCCACCAAGCAUCGUCUGGAUCCCGAAGAACGCCCGUACCGGUGUGGGGACUGCGGGCGCACGUACCGCCACGCGGGCAGCCUGCUCAACCACCGGAAGAGCCACAAGACCGGCCACUUCGCCUGCCCCCAGUGCGGCAAGGCCUACCCCAACCUGAUGUCGCUCAAAAACCACCAGCGGGUCCACUACGAAGUCAAACGCCACCAGUGCCCGGAUUGCGGGAAAGCGUUCAAGUGGCAGCGGCAGCUGGUGCGGCACCAGCGCCGCCCCCACCCCUGCGUCGGGAGCGUUCCGGCGGAGGAGCUUGAGAGGAGCCAGCGGGCCCCUGAAAGGGAGAGGGGGGGCAGUCAGGGCGAUGCGCCUCCUUUCCGCUGCCUUUCGUGCUCCAAGCAGUUCGCCAACCGCACCUCGCUGAGGAACCACGCCCGCGUGCACGCCAAGAAACGUUACGAGUGCUCAGAGUGCGGCAAGGCUUACCGGACGUCUCGGGAUCUGACGCACCAUCUCAAGAGUCAUCGGACGGAGGAAGAAGAUGCCGAGGACUCUUCCUCCUCCUCCCCCAGUUAUCCAAACGCGAGCACGCCACCGGAGGAGGAGGAGCGGCCCUACAAAUGUAGCAGUCGCGACUGGACUUACCGCCACGCCGGCAGCCUUCUCAACCACAAGAAUGCCCACGCUGUCGGCCUUUACCGCUGCACCACCUGCCAGAAGGAAUUCUUUAAUUUCCUGACCCUCAAAAAUCACCUCCACGUCCACCUGGACAAGAAGCGCCACCGGUGUCCGCACUGUGGCAAAGCCUUUCGGACUGCCAGGUGCUUGGCCGCCCACUCCAAAAUCCACAGUGGCCCAAAAGAGGAAGGGACCUCUUUCGCCUGCGCGGUGUGCUCCAAGACUUUUUCCCUCCGGCUCAGCUUUCGGCAGCAUCAGCUGACGCACGCCACGGACGGUGGGCAAUCCGCCGCCGGAGACGUUCCCGUUGGGGAUGCGAGCUGAGUGCGUUGGCACGUGUGCCCAGGACAAUGUGGCCGGUUGAGCAGACUGCAAGGAAAAUAGGGCAGGCUAGAUGGGAAGAGAUGUCUAGUGGGAACAGCUGCCGCUCGCUAAAGGGAGGCCGGGGGAGAACGGCAUCCAGCACCAUAUCUGGAGAUAAAAAGGCACGGCGGUUGGGGGAAAAGACAGAACAAAAAAUUGGUGCAGGGUUUCCUGUUCUGGGUCGAAUGUUCAUUUGGGGGCUGAAUUCUUUCCCUUAGUGGAAUGUUGCAUUAAGCACUCUGAUUAGACCUCCUUUGUGUCCCUGGUAAAUGUUUCCCUAUGGUAACAUUUAUACCCCUUUUUUUGGAGGGGUGGGGAGUCUUGGAUCCCAUUUGAGUUUUGGCACCUUGGAACCUUUCAAGCAUGUGCUUAAACCCCCUAAGUUUUCAUUAAAAAAAAAAAGGUUAAGUCUGUUUUGGAAGCCAGGUGGGUAGCCGCCCCCCACGUUUUAUCCACCGAUGGUAUUUAAAAACUACUUCAACAAAAAGGUUGGGGCAGGGUGAACUUGGUAUAGCUGUCCCUGCAGAGCGGAUUUUUACUCUUGGGAUCGCUGCCUCUUUCUGUGGGGAUAUCGCUGUGUUUCCUGGGGCGGGAAAGAAAAUAGCGCUGUUGAAAAUUUUCCCCCAAACUUGACCUGUUUUUCUCCCUGUUUCGAAAGUUUUUAAAGAUACUAACUAAAAGGUGAAACUGUUAAUUAGAAGCAAUUCUAGAGGCAAUUUGUCAGUUCUUUUCUGCAGAAGAUGUCGUGAUGCACGGGAGCCACGCAGUGGCACGGGAAAAGGGACACAUUUGUCUUCCAAUACCGACUGCACAUAUUCUUUACAAUCCUGACCCGUUGGAUUUGGGGGGGGGGGGGAUUUGCCUGCCGGUGCCUGUUUCUGAGCUCUACAUGCACGCUGUCUUUGUUGUGGGAGGCCCUUCCCCAGGGUUGAGGGCUGGCACCAAUCUGCCUGUAUCUGUGGGCAAUCCGGCCUUUAGCACUGGCAGGCAUUUUAUAGCGGUAAAAAGAGAGGAGGGAAAGUCUUUAUAUUUUUGGUUGCUUUUCCUGGACCAACUCCUUAAUCACUUUUUUUUUUACACAACUCCUUCAAUAUUUAAAACCGGUUCAGAGUAAUCUCUUGCUAGAGUCCUGUCGGCUAUACCAUGUCAGCCGGGACGAUUUCAUGACGUCUCCCUCUGGCGUGACACCCCUAGACUUUUGACAGAUGCGCUAAGCUAGAAUGCUCCUCCCCAAAGAGUUUGUGUUCUAACUUCAUUAAGAUUCUUUUUAAAACAAUGGACAGAAUGUUUAAACACACGCUCCCUUCCAGUGUAAAGCGGCACAGUCCUAACAGGGCUCUUUUACCUAAACGUUCCGAACGGAUAGGUUGGCUCUCCCCACAUCUAAAACUUGCGACAGAACAGUGGCGAUUGUAUCAAUCAGCCCUUAGAGCAUGGGGCGAGGGCCCAGAAUAAUUUUCAAGGAUUUUUUUUUUUAAAAAAACCCUGCCAUUUGGAAGUUUAGAAUUUUUCAGUUGCCAAUUUUCCUCUUCUGGUAAUGGGAGAUAAGGGGGGGGGGGGAGGGCACGGAUUUUGAAGUUCCAUUGUUGGUCUGUAGCCAGUUUAGUCACCCCCCCUAACCCAACUCUGCCGAACUUCUUAGCAUGUUGCAGAUAAGCUUCUCGUGGGCUGAGACCUUCAGAACGGAAGCCCUCCGAAUCCUUCAGCAACUCCACUCGAUUGAAAGAUUAGCGAUUUUUAAGUAGUUGACAUGUCUCCCAUUUGUGGUGAACAUUUUAUAGGGUUUCUAACAUAGCUGGGUAAUAAAAAAAAUUAAUGGGGGUUGGGGGUCGUAUAUUUAGAUCUCUUUUCAAUAGCCUGCUGAAACGCCUUCUCUCCCAACCCCAGGUUUUUAUUUUGACACCCGAAUGUACUACAUUUUCAAGUCCUGUUUUAUGCCCCUGUUCUCCAAAAAUGUACAUUUGGGCUCUUGGGUAAGGAAGGACCCCCUCAUCGAUUUUCCAGAAGGUUGCAGUAUUUUUCCCCCUCUCCCCCCCCCCCCUGAAAAACUAUCAUAAUUCAGUAUCUAACUAAAUGUCCUUUAGUGGAUGUGUUCCUACAACUAGGGUAUUUUUUAUGUAUGGGAGGAAGCGGCACCUGCCCUAUAUCCACUGGGGCUCGUUCCCCUGCUUAGGAGUUUGGCUCCCCUAGACGACCCUACCAAACCAUGCCCUGGUCAGAGAUACAAGUGUCUACUCUCUGUCCAUCCCCCCCUCCCAAAGGACAAAAUACAUUUCCUGCAGUGUCUGGUGUCCAUACAUGAGCUGUGAGACACUGAAUAAUUCUGCAAAUAAAUUGUUCUUUGUUUCUUAAAAAA